ACCCCGCAGCCCGCAGCCCGCAGCCCGCCAGGCGUUCUUAAAGGGGCCUCGCCCCCAUCCAGACUCUCAGAGGGCUGCUCUAGGCAGAUCCGCCUGGGAAGGGAGUCCGAGGCUGGAGUCUCCGACUCCGCUGAGGAUAAAGAUCGGGAGGUGGCCGGGCUCUGGAGGCGGGGCCUCAGCUGGGGACAGUGGUUGCACCUGCUGAAGUCCCUCCCACAAGUUUCGGGUGCAAUUUCUCGUCUCACCGUCAGGGGGAGGGGCGCCCGCUAAACCGCGAGUAAUAAAUGUUAGCGUUGAGUGCGCUGCGCAUGCCAGCCUUCCACUCUCUCUGCCCUGCACCGUUCCUGACUAAACCCUGUGAGACACGGUCUCGCUUUGGAGCCCUGGAAGUCACUAUGUCGCCUUGCUACGCACUGGAGGAGCACUCUAGCCAGUGGACCCCAGUUUCAGUCCUGUCUAUGACCAUUUGCUGUUGUUGUUUUGAGCCAAGGUCUAUUUGGUCUCGAGCGUGCAGCAGUUCUCCUGCUUCGGAUUCCAAAUUGCUGGGAUGUAAUCGUAUCCGGUUCAUGACUACCUUUUACCCAAAGAUACAACCAGAGGUUAUGUGGUUCCCGCCCAGGCUGUGCCCAUACAUGUGUGGUGAGCAGGUGGACCUCAUACACAAUAAGCCAGUUUGUGGAGCCCCCUCUUCAGAGGUCCUUCAGUGUGGAUGUAAGGCCUUCGAGAGCGAAGUUCUGCACAGGUGCUCUUUGUCCAGGUGUCAUUUUACCGCAUAAGCAGGUGUUUAUACAUUAUACAUACAUUAUGCAUACAGGCCCCCAUGUAUCUUUCUAUAGAACUGGUCCCAUACAGGUUGGUUGGUUGAUUGAUUCUGGGGCUAAAGAUCAACCCAGGGUCUCAUGCAUGCUAGGGAGGAAUUCAUGACUGAGUCAGGUGCGAUCCAGCCACGUCACUAUGGCUUUCUAGGUAGGGACUCUAUCCCUGAGCCACGUCCUCUGAUCUUCUUUAGGUGACUCCAGGCAUGAGUUCUGGCCCUGAGCCACGGCCCAGCCCUCUUUUACUUUUUUAUUUUGAAGUAGGGUUUCACAGAUUUGCUCAGGCUGGCCUUGAACUCGGGAUCCUACUGCCUUCGUCUCCGAAAUACCUAGGAUACAGGUUAGCAUCACCAGGCCUGACUUCAGAUGAGCCCGCCCCUUACAGGUGUGUAUCUUUCUGGGGUGUCGCCACUCCCUCUGCGUCUGCACACCAGCGCUACCGAGGAACCCUGCGUGCGGUCCUUACACCUGCUCGCUUCCGCCUUUCGCGAUGCGCCCUGUCGCAAUGGGGUUCCCGUUACAGGUGCUCCGGCGGCUCGGCCCCGCCCCUCGGCCCCGCCCCUCUCAGCCGGGCUCAGGUGCACAAGCCGGAAGUGCGCUCCCUGCCUAGGUCCCGGGUCGCAGGUGCCGUCUUCGACCCCAAGAUGCGGUAGGAAUUGAAGCCCGGGGAAGUCCUGCCCUUGGCGCCACCAAUCGUCGCCCAAGCUCAUGGCGACCCCAGGCCUGCGGCAGCUGCUCUUGGCAUUUGGUCUGCCGAUGCUGCCCGCCGGCUGGAGCCAAACAACACCGGACUUUUUCACAAGUAAUGUGACUCUACCCCCAGACUCUGGUUCCAAUGGGGGCCUGUCUUCAGAGGCCGUUGUAGCCAUAAUUGUGGUCUUUUCCAUCCUGGGAGUCAUCCUCCUAGCAGUGUUGCUAUUCCUGCUGGUUCGGAAACUUCGAGAAAAGCGCCAGACAGAGGGCACCUACCGGCCGAGCAGCGAGGAGCAGUUUUCCCACGCAGCAGCUGAGGCCCGGGCCCCCCAGGACUCCAAGGAGCCAGUGCGGGGCUGCCUGCCCAUCUAGCUCCUCCCCCUACUUCCCUGUCACCCAUCUUCCCUACCUUGCUCUGUGACCUUGGGGGAAGGCAGCACCCUCUCUGGGCAAUCAGACUCACCCAAUGCUUAAGAAUAGAAAGGAAGAAAGUUCUUCAAAGACCUUGACUUUGAGGGCAAGGGAAGAUGGGGGAUGCUCACUUUUUAUAUAUUUAUAUGAAAUUGAU